AAAUAUGUUGAAUCCAUCAAACUAAAAUAAAAAGUUCCUUCGCAUCAGAGAGUUUCCCUCACGGCGGAGAAGAACUACUCAAGGCUUCCCGAUGUCGAUACCAGCCCGACAUCCACCGUUAACAUCAGAACCUGCCACCGCAAUCGAAGGUAGCGCAACAGGACUCGAAGCCUCCUUGCUUAACAUACUUCAUCAACACCAGACCUCCUCCUCCUUCCUCCGCCACCAAACCGAAAAAGCGAAGAAAGAAGCGACGAGAGCGGGGAUUCGAGUAUCAGAGCUGCUAGUUGAUGCAGUCAAUGGCGGAGUUCAAGAAUCAUUCCUCCAUCAAAAGCAGAUCGAACUCGAAAUUCGAGGUUUAACUACUACUAUUAAUCGUUUCCACAAGCAGACUGAUCAAUGGCUUGCCGCUUCUCGCUCACUCAACACUGCCAUUAAGGAAAUUGGUGAUUUUGAGAAUUGGAUAAAGGUGAUGGAAUAUGAUUGUAAAAGCAUCACCACUGCCAUCCGCAACAUUCAUCAAGCUUGAAGGCUUUUACAAAAUCCAAUUCAUUCUUUCUGUAAUUAUUCCUCUUUUUGUAACUUUUAAGAUGUUAUCCCUCUACUGUGUAAACCAUCUAGUGAGAUUUUUAAACUGACAAGUAGGUCUUGUAAACAACGGUAUGUAUUGGUACUCAACUGAUUGUUUAUUAAGUAUUAGUAUUGCUUUGGAUAAA